AGUGGUCCCCCUCGUCGAAAUCCUCCUCCAGCACGACUACAAUCUGAGAGCGCUCCCUGGAUCAAGGAAUUGCAACCAUCGAGAAGCACACUCCCGGACACAACAACCCAAUCCGCAAAAAUGGCUGACGACCCUGAUUACAACGCCGAGGAGGCCGCCGAGAUCAAGAAGAGAAGACAGUUCCGCAAGUUCUCUUACAGAGGCAUCGACCUUGAUGCUCUCCUGGACCUCGACUCCGAGCAGCUCCGCGAUGUCGUCCACGCCCGCGCCCGCCGCCGGAUCAACCGCGGCCUGAAGCGCAAGCCCAUGGGCCUGAUCAAGAAGCUCCGCAAGGCCAAGCAGGAGGCCAAGCCCAACGAGAAGCCCGACCUUGUCAAGACUCACCUCCGUGACAUGAUUGUCGUUCCCGAGAUGAUUGGCAGCGUCAUCGGCAUCUACUCCGGCAAGGAGUUCAACCAGGUCGAGAUCAAGCCCGAGAUGGUUGGCCACUACCUCGCCGAGUUCUCCAUCUCAUACAAGCCCGUCAAGCACGGCAGACCCGGUAUCGGUGCCACCCACUCUUCGCGUUUCAUUCCUCUCAAGUAAACAGUCGAUCGAGCGUUGGGGACAUGUUGGCGAAAAGGGAAAAAGAUCAUGGCUGCAUUCAUCAUACGGUACAGGCGAACGGGAUGGUCUUUUUUACUACUCGGUAGUUGAGCUUUUGAAAAACAAUGCCGCUACCGGCAACGAUGCACAGGAUGACGACGAAAUGAAAACGCGUUGUCCCAUGCGUGGGUCUGCUUGUUAUGAGCAGAGAAAUCAAAAAAGGAACAAAAAUUCUCAAAGCGUCUUCAAUACCAGUAUCGUAUUGUGUUUGUGC